GUCAACAGCGCCAGCAGACGCACCGGCAGGGGCAACAGCGGCACAGUGCGCCGGACAGCCACCCUCAGCUACCACUGCAACAACAGCGGUGACGGUGUUGAUCCCGCCGGUCUCAGCACACGCGGUUCCUAGCUUGGAGGCGCUUCUAGGUCGGCAGCAGAUCCCAACGCAAAGCCAAGAUCCCCCACUGCAGAAGCAGCAGUCACGCUUGCAGUUGCCUGAAUCGCACGAGUCAUACGGCACUUGGCGGUUGGACGACAAGGCGUUGGAAGCGCAGCUUGUAACCGCCACCUCUGCGCUGUACGAGCGAAUGGCGGAGGACGCUGCAUGGCUGCAGAAGCAGUUGGGCAACUCCUACACUGCCAGCCUGUGGCAGGGCCUGGCCGCGCUUGUGUACCGCCGAGGGGGGCAGCUGGCGGGCCGCCGCCUGCUGCUGUUCUCCUUCGGGUCGGGGACGGUGGCGGCGCUCUUCAGCCUGGUGGCGCGAGGGGGCGGCGGGGCUGCUGGCGGGGGUGGUGCUGGCGGAGGUGGUGCUGGGAGCAGUGCCGGCAGGGAGGACAGCCGGUGUGGAGCAAGCGCUGGGGUGAAGGAUGCGCAAGUGGAGCACCGGGACAAUGGGGC